AUGCCCGCCUACCUCUCACCCAACCCCGCCUCCUACCUCUCACCCAACCCCGCCUCCUACCUCUCACCCAACCCCGCCUCCAACCUCUCACCCAACCCCGCCUCCUACCUCUCACCCAACCCCGCCUCCUACCUCUCACCCAACCACGCCUCCUACCUCUUACCCAACAACGCCUCCUACCUCUCACCCAACCCCGCCUCCUACCUCUCACCCAACCCCGCCUCCUACCUCUCACCCAACCACGCCUCCUACCUCUUACCCAACAACGCCUCCUACCUCUCACCCAACCCCGCCUCCUACCUCUCACCCAACCCCGCCUCCAACCUCUCACCCAACCCCGCCUCCUACCUCUCACCCAACCCCGCCUCCUACCUCUCACCCAACCACGCCUCCUACCUCUUACCCAACAACGCCUCCUACCUAUCACCCAACCCUGCCUUCUACCUCUCACCCAACCCCGCCUUCUACCUCUCACCCAACCCUGCCCCCUCCUACCUCUCACCCAACCCCGCCUCCUACCUCUCACCCAACCCCGCCUCCUACCUCUCACCCAACCCCGCCUCCUACCUCUCACCCAACCCCGCCUCCUACCUCUCACCCAACCCCGCCUCCUACCUCUCACCCAACCCCGCCUCCUACCUCUCACCCAACCCCGCCUUCUACCUCUCACCCAACCCAGCCUCCUACCUCUCACCCAACCCUGCCUCCUACCUCUGGUCAUAG